AUGGACGCCGCGGGCCGGGCGCAGCUCCUCUUCGGCAUGCUCCUGGGCAUGGGCAUCGGCGGGUUCCUCUACCUCUGCGUCUCCGCGAGCACCUGCGGCGCGUGCUACGUGGACCCCUGCGUCCACCCGCCGGGGCUCAAGCUGCUCUACAAGGUGAACUCGAGCCUCUGCUUCGCGGGCGUGUCCACGGGCAUGUUCUUCUGCUUCCUUUCCGGCUGGGGCGGCAUGCUGACGCUCCGGCGCCGCGCGAGCGUCAUGGGUUUCGGCCAUUUUUUCGGCGCGUGCUGCGUCACGUUCCUCGUGGCGGUGCAGGCCGCGGGCAUGUGGGGCGCCGAGUCGACGCUCCUCGAGGAGUUCGGCGCCAAGGAGGUCUACGAGGAGGCCAUCAUCGACGGCAUGUACGAGCAGGUCCGCGUGAAGCCGAACAAGGCGCUCCACCGGUCCGCGCGGUUCCUCUUCACGACGGCCGUGCUCUUCUCCAUCGCCCUCAUGUUCCUCGCGCCCCUCUACUUCGUCUCCCGCGACGUCUACGAGGACGAGGAGGCCGCCGCGGAGGACGCGGCCGCCGCCGUCGGCGCGACGCUCCGGUCCCGCGCCGCCGCCGCCGCGUCCGGCGGCCGCAACCGCCACAUCAGCGCCUACAACCCCAUCCCGGGGCCCGACCGGCGCCAGGGCGGCGACGACGAGCGCCAGUACCUCGGCCGCGCCUCCCUGCCCAUGCGGCCCAUGAAGAACGGCAACGAGUUCACGCAGAUCGAGGGCGACCUCACGACAGACAACGCCGGCUGCGAGCCGAUUCCGGACGACGACUACGUCAAGCAGUACCAGCGCGACCCGGCGCUCUGGCCCGUGGAAUUCUUCAUCAUCGUCUACCGGCGGCGGCGCGGGGCGGCGCCGGAGGCGCUCGUGCGGCGGUCCGCGAACGGGACGAGCAAGUGGGGCCUCGGCAGCGGCUGCCCCGCGACGCGCUGGGCGCCGUCCUCCAGCGCGCCGCCGCGAGGCUACGAGCGGUCCGGCGUCAGCUUCGACGCGCGCAACUUCCCGCAGUUCCGGUCCGCGGAGCCGUGGUCGUACGACAAGAUCGACGUCCGAGCGGACGCGUUCGACGGCGAGGACCCGGAGUUGCGCGAGUUCGCGCGGUGGAUCCGCCGGGGCCUGCGCGCGCGGUUCGCCGAAGAGGAGGGGGACGCCGCGGGAAGCCGGGACGAGUCGGAGUGGGACGCGAGCCUUCGACGCGUGGUGAAGCGCGUCCUCGACGAGGACAGCAGCGUCGCGGCGAUCCAGGGUAGCUUGCGCAUGAGCGGCCUCUUCGCGCGGGACAGGGCGGGCAACCGCUACGCGCCGCUGCACGCCCUCGUGCCCGUCGAGUUCGUGGAAUCGGCCCGCGUCUACGCGAUGUUUCCGCAGAUGCCCGAUCCGCUGCCGCCGCCGUCCGCGACGGCCGAGGAGCUGCGCGAGGAGAUGGAGAGCCGCGCGGCCCGCAUGGCGGCGAGCGGCCGCGACCCGCACGCCGACGAGCACGGCCGCGUCUACACGCACAUCUCGACGCCGAACGUGAGCAACACGAUCCUCGGCGUCUACAUGACGCUGGACGCGACGGGCCUGCGGUUCGUCGACGACCGCGUGCCGGCGUUCGAUCUGUUCGGGACCGCGGAGGUCGAGCGCGAGUGGGUCUCGCUGGAAGAUUUGAAGGUGCUGCAGGGCGGCGUCAUUAGCGCGGAGGACCCGAAGCCGACGUUCAUCUCCGGCUUCGUCGUCCGCCAGCUCGUCGAGGACGGCGUCAUCGACGUCCGCGGGGAUUUGCGAUAG